UACCUUCCGAACCAAUGUGGAGUUUGGACAGACGAGAAAGUGGCCAUCUGUUUUGGCGUCGAGAAGCAUCGAAAGUGAAAUUUCGUUGCGAAGUGGAAGUUCUUGAAUACGCCAAAGAUCCAGCAGAAAAUGAUUCAUUGAUACCAGUCAACGGAGAUAUCAACAAUACAUUCAAAAGUCAAAUGAAUCAUCCUAUAUUAUUCUGUGCAACUUGUUUUGCAGCGAUUGCAGUGACAGUUUUACUGCCGUGGUUUCUUAUCGGAUCAAACUAGAUACCUGGAUUUAAACAUUAAACUUG